AUGGCAGCAUCACUCGGCUACAACAAGCUCACCAAUGCCGCAAACUUCCAUUGCACAGCAACCAUUGAUGCUGUGGAACAACUUAAAAGCUGGUACUACAUUGCCUGCACUACAUGCAACACAAAAGCAAUCCGAGGACCUACUUCAUUAGUGUGCAACAAAUGCAACAACCACAAUGCUAUUGGAGUAAUCAAGUAUCGGGUCGAGAUAUCCGUCUCCGACAAUAACAACAAAGCCACGUUUGUUCUCCUCGAUGAUGCUGGAACUCAGCUAAUCGGGAGAAAAGCUGCAGAGAUAGUUGAAGACUACGUCGACGCUGUUGGGGUUGGCGGUGCUGGAGAUAACAUACCACUCCCAGAAAGCUUGAAUGAUGCAAUUGCCAAGACAUACAUAUUCAAGGUGAAAGUGGAUGAAUACAACUUUAGUGCUGCUAGGCAAACUAUCACUGUGACUAAGAUUGUCCAGCCAGCUGAUCUCCCCAAAAUGCCUUCACCAAAUACAAGAGCGGAGCUUGAAGACAAAAACAGCGACACACUGCCACAGACUAAGAGCACUAAGUGGGACCUCCAGAUGGGUGACAUGGCAACUAGCACCAACACCAUUGCCUCCAGCGAAGAGAAAACACAAGGGAAGAACAAAAAGACUAGCCUUGGCAGUGAAGAAACCGAUGAAAACAAGCGUCCCCGGAAGAAUACUAAAUACUAGGAACCAACACCAUAAAUUCCCAAAAAUAAUUAAGUGCACUUUCUUAUAGUUAUAUUAAUCUGAAUAUCAAUGUCCGCACAGGGCCUGUUUUCUUCUUCUCCUUCAGUUAU